GAACUAAAUACUUUAUUGAGUAGUUCAAACACAUCAAUAACUAGUGACCCAGUAGUUUAUUGUACAUGAGUUGAGUUUUUAAACUUGAAUUUAUACUUGGUAAGCAUUUGUGGCGUAAAGUUUUAUUUGUUUCCUGUAACUGUUGAUUAUCACCCUGAGCUGAUAGCGAUGAAAAUCGCCUGAAAAGUUGAAAGUGAAACUAUAUGCACCCUCUCCUCACUUAUGGUCAGUGGCUAAAUUGUGUAUAAUUGCAUGUCAGAAAACUCCCUGUAAGAAAGCACACACUAAAAGCCAUAUUUCUGACUCAACACCAGCACAGAAGCACACGAUGGUAAUGUAAUGAAAGUAUAAUCAAGCCAAGGGAAUCUGUUAAUGCUUUCCAACAGAAAUAGCAUUUUCUCUGUGUUUUUAAUUUACUGACUGAGUUAUAGAAAAAUUCAUGAAAGUUUGGAAGGACUCGAAAAAAGGCUGACUGCAGUAUCACUUGAUAGAAACAUGGCAAAUGCUAUUAAUACAUUUAUUUAUUUAAUGUUUAUAUCACUGACAUAAAAUUAAAAUUUUUUUUUUUCAUGUUUGUGUCAUUUCACCUAUUCAAUCUAUUUGCAAACCAAAGCAUACUGAGUUCUAAAUAUGGAUCAACCAAAAAAACCUGUAAGUUUUUCAUUCACGGGAAGAUACAUGCAAUUUCACCACACCUAAAAACAUGACACAUGACUGUAUGAUUUCCAGGGGAUUGUUUUUCUAUCCCAAGUAGUUUAUGUCCCUUGUUCACAAUUACUUAUUCACUGCUGUUAUGAAAUUUGAUGAAAGUGUAAAUUGUAAACAGUUUCUUAAUGUUUACAGAUCAAUGGUCAACAAGGCACUAAUAGCCUAUUUUUAUUAUUGACCAAUCAGUGCUCAGCUUUGAAUGCAUAAUAUCUUCAGUUGGUCAUUGUGUAGGAGGUUACAGACUAACCUACAGCACAAUAUUAAGAUUUAUAUUUUCAACACAGUUAUAACUCUUUCUAACCUUUGUUACUGAUUAUGACCCUGAUAUAAAGGAAAUAACUGUAGUUUCAAAUAAAACCCUAAUCAAAGGCUUUAAAAACAGAUGACUAGUGAUACCGAACUUAUCUUAUGUUAAAUUUAAUGAGUUAGUUUUAAAGCUUUUAAAGCUUGAAAUGAUAUUGCUCAAUGUUGAGAGCAAAAUUAGAUCAUUGUGUUUCAAUAUUCCAUGAUAAUAUUGCAGUUUCCCUUAAAAGCUAGCUAUUAAGGUCAAUAUCAAGAUGAAUACAUGUAUGCUUAAUUGUUUGAUAUUGUAGAAGUUUCCUUUGGCCAAACUAGAUUAAUAUAAGUCUAUUAAAUGUUAUGUGUGUGGUUUACUUUUGAGGUCAAGUUUAAAAUACAGAAGAAAAAAAACAAUGUUUUCAAUGACUAGGCACUAUAGCUGGCCACCGUUUUCCCUUUUUCCCUGUACACAAUGCUUUCAAACUGCAUUUAAUCAUUGUGCUGUUCCCAAAAAAAAAAAAAUUCUGUGCCAUUAAAAGUUUUCUUAGGUUUAAACCUCCCACCUGGUUCAUACUUCCCUUUAAAAAUUUUGGCUUUUGACAACCCCAUCCCCCUUGGAAUUUCCAAUAACCUGGAGUUCUUGGGUGGUAUGAAUAUUUUCUGGAACCUCGCACUGGAAAAGAUACCCUGUGAGCAGUUGAUUUCUUCUAUGCUGAAUGAGAGAGUUCCUCUCUCAUUUGGCAUGGAAUAGUUGUUCAAGGAACCCAACUGUAAGUAGCUGAUGAUCAGUGUAUUGUCUUGAGUUACAGUGAAAUUUGUUAGACUGAAUGGAAAAAAAAUCUCAGGAAUCAGAUUAAAGUAUGGCUUCCAGUUGUGGCAAGCUGAAAUAACAAGAAUAAAUUUCUGUAGGAACCGCAAUGAUAAACAGAGACAUUAAAAAGCCCAUGACAUUAUUUAAUAAGAAUAUGACACUCUCUUGAUCGAUGUCAUAAGAACACAAGCUAGGUUGUCUAAAACAAUAUCCUGCUGGCGUUAUCAUUUUCAAACUGGUUUUUCGAGGAUUACCAUACACGUACAUGAAUAUAAACAUCAACUUCCUUGCCACCUAAUGAGUUUGCUAAAUGGAAGUGUAAUUUCAUGGCAAUAAUCCAUUUUUUGAAAUGAAUAGCUAGAGAUCUAGAAUAAUCAUUUGGUAGCCUGAUAUAAACUGCGCAGUUAUUAAUUCACCUCUUUCAUGUUUUUAGCCAAGACGAAAAUAUUAUUAUUAUUUGUGCUGUAUUCUGCAUAAAUCAAGAGUUAGUGUCAAAACUAUUAAGUGUUUUAUUUAUUUAUUUAUUUAUUUUUUAUUUAUUUUUUUGUAGGAAAUCAGUUUAUUAUUUUGCUACAGCUAAUUUUUUUUUUGUGAGAACUGGAAAAAUUGAAAUCUGCAAUAGUUUCAUGAAAUUAUUUGGUGCAGCAAACAUGCUAAUGGCAUUAUUACAAACCUGACCAUUUGUACAUUUCUCAUGAUGUGUUUAUGCUGUUAAGGAGAAACGAGACAUCAAUCCUAUUUUUUUAUUUUAUUUUCAAUAAGUAGAUUCAAAGGAAAGAUUCAAAAAUAUUUUUAGCAAAGUUAUCUCAAAUAUUUUGGUACAAAUUGUUAGGUAUUGUUUAAUUUCUGUGGACUCAUGUUAGGAAAUAUAGAUAUAUCAGAAAUGCAGUGUUGCAUAAAUUUUUUUCUUGUUUUUAUUUCUCUCAUGUGAAUGGAUUUGCAAGUUUAAAAUUAGAGAUGACUUAUUAUGACAUUUUGUUUUACAAUUUCAGUUUUACAUUUGGACAUUUUUUAAGGGUACACAUUUUAUUCAAGACUCAAGAGCUAUAAAUAUUUUUCCUUCUAAGGUGAAUUUUUUUUUAUUCAAUUACAAAAAAUAUAUAUAUAAACAUAAGUUAAGAUGUGCCAAGGACCACAAUCUUCUUCAAUGGGUGUGGAGGAAGUCGUUACAUGAUGGGUCAAAAUAAUUUCCGUUGAAAUAUGCAAGAAUACGUUAAACAACAGGAAAUGAUCAAUGGGCUUAGAUACAAGGAAAUACAUUCGUUGGUCGAACAAAACCGCUGUUUUACUAGUUCCGGUUUAUUUACUCUUAGUUAUUGCAGUCACGUCUUCCGUUGGCGUUAGUUUUGCAAGUUAUUUUAUAAAAUACUUUUAAUUCAAGAAGAUUUUGUUGAACCACAUGUGACAAGCGUGUCGUAACUGUCAGAUAAAAGUGAUCGAUCUAUGACGUUUACGAAGUCACGUGUCCUUGACAAACUUUAAACCUCAUUUGAUAUGUGUGGCGAUGUCAAAGUCAACUUCAUCUACAAUGCCCGUAACUGAAGUGCAGUGGAUCGGGGCCAGUUGUGGACGGCAUAGCUGUUAUACCUUCUACAGAGGUUUCAGAUUAACUAUCGAUGGAGUGGUGAAAAAUUUUUGCCUCGGAGAGUUUUAUUUUGUGAGGAAUUCCAUAAACCAACCGAUAUGCAUAGCUGAGCUACAAUUAGUUUGGCACGAUGCGAGUAAUGACAGCCAGCUUGCUUCCGCGAGACUUUAUUUCAGACCCGAAGAUACUCCCGCAGGACGCCUUGCAAACCACGGACAGGAUGAGUUACUUUAUGCUGACCAGAAAAUUGUCAUCAAGUGCCAUGAUAUGGCUGUGUGGCAGGACUCAGGUCUCCAAUGGAACUCUGGAUUGGUACCCUUAUGUGAAAGUGACUUUUUCUGUGUUGACCACAAAUAUUAUCUAAACAGCAACUAUGCUGUGAAGGAGAAAGAAACAUUACAAAAUGCCAAAGAAGUGUGGAUGAAAGGAGAUCACCCUCGCAACCUUCAGAUCCUCACAUUUCCAGCGUACUGUCGUUACAGGGGUCUCAAAAAGAGGCUCUUAUCUGGCAUGUGUUUGACAAGAGCUCAGUUAGUUGCCCUGGGAGGAGUUAUUGCAGAAAACAGAAGUACACGGGUGCUUUUCUGUCGUGACAGUUUCCAUCACCCUUACUUGGACAAGUUUGAAUUAUCUGGUGAUAACAAAGCACCAGUUCUGAAAGGCAGGCCAAGGAAGAAAAAGAAGCUAAAUGCGGUACAGAAUAGUGUUCUUAAGAAGAAACGAUUUGUGGCCGACAUUCAAAAUCAUCUAACAAAUUCACCUGCAGCAAAGAGAUGCAAGCUAUCAGAGGAAGAGGAGAGCACAGGGUCUGACAUGUCAGAAGGGGUAUUGGAGAGAACAAAGGCACCUCCUCAAGUGGGACGGAAAGUUCAAAGUAUUGGGCCCCCGCCAUUGGUUAAGCCUAGAGUACAGGUUACAAUUCCAGACAAGGCAGAAACAGCUGAGAUUUCUAAAGUUGCUGCUCAAGAUGUGCCACAGUCGAGAGGAGAAAACCCAAAGGUUCCUCCACCUCUAAUUCCUUCUAAUAUGAUAAGGAGAGAUGUUGCACGUACUUCACAGCCACUUCAGUCCAGCCGCAAGCAUCUAAAUGAGAACAUUACUGAGUGUUCAAGAACAACACCAAUUCAAAAGGUGAUUUCAGCCAGCAGUACAAAGCUAAGAGACAUUGAAAAAGUUAGCAACAACAACAGCAAUGUAUUGAUGAUCAAGCCACACUUAACAGAUAGAAAUCAGACCAAAGUGACAGUUGCUCCUGUAACUAGUUCCAGUCCUUCCUUGGAAAGUAAACCUAGUAAACUGCUGAAUUCAUUGGUGGAAAAUAGGAAAAUAUUAAAACCUGGGACAACUGUUACACACACCCAGAGUGUGAGUUCAGGUGUGAACACAAUUCCAACUGUCCAGGCAGGUGUACGCUCACAUAUUGCCUCAAGAACCCGACCAGUUACCACAACACAGGGAACUGUCAGCACACAUGUGGUAACAUCCACAUGCUCCACAGUACGCAAUCAACCCAUUGCAUCUCUGCAGCAGACCGACAUUAGUGUCCAAGCAGUUGCUCCAAAACCUCAGCAGGCUGUAACACCCUUGGCUGGGUCUACAUCAUCUUCAGUGAACGCCAGUGAUGGCAUGAUUGCAACUGGUGGCUUACAUGUGAAAUCGAAGCCAAGCAAGGAGAAUGAAGAGAGACAACUGAGACAAUGCAUUUCAGAGGAGAAGAAAGAGAAUGAAAUAGAACAAACAGAUGAAUCUGUCGCUUGGAAAAAGAAGAAAAAACGACUACGAAUGCCUGGCAAUGUAAAGGAUGAGGAGUAUGACGGUGAUGAUGAAAAGGACUUCAUGCAAGCCCUGCGGGAUUUCAUGAGGAAGAACAACCAACCACUUGGCAAGCUUCCCGCCUUGGGCUUUAAGAAAGUUAAUCUUUGGACAAUGUACAGCACCGCACAGAGAUUUGGAGGAUAUGAUGCAGUAACAAGCAAGCGUUUGUGGCGACGUGUUUAUGACUCACUUGGAGGGAGUACAACAAUAACUAGUGCUGCCACAUACACCAGGAGACAUUAUGAAAGGUUGCUGUUGCCUUAUGAGAAACACGUAAGAAACCAACUCAAAAAGCAGAUGGAUGAGAAAACUCCUUCUUCUGUUAACAGCCUUCUACAAAAUCAGCCCUGCGACAAACCGGGGAAAAAGCAAGGUUUAACAGUUUCGAACAAAGCAAAACCUGACAUUGAGACAGACAAGGCUGUUGUACUAAAGCAGAAUCAAGGUGCUGUAGGAGCUGUUCCAGCAAGGCCUCCACAGGAUGGUACUGCUGUGUCAUCACUGCAAUCAUCACCGUACGUGAUGAACACCGCAACUGAUGUAAAGGGAAAUGCAGUUAAAACAACGGAUUCAGGUCAGGUGCACUCUGUCACGGCAUCAUCUGUUAGCAAGACUUCCUUUAGGCAAGGAAUGUCGCCAGUUGUCGUUCGAUCCUUCAAACAAGAGUGCCAAGAGCCCAAAACAUGCAGUAGCAAGUCAAAAACAGGUGUAGCACCUCCCAUCACCUCAGCAUCUGAAAAACAAAACAAAGAUACACCAACUGAACAAUGUCCACAAGACAUAAGUCAGCAGAAUAGGAACUUUAUAACAACCAUGCAGAGUGAGGAGGAAGCAGGUGUAACAGCCAACACAGUGUAUGCUAAAAACACAGCUGCUAACACCAACCUUAAGCAAUCUGUCCAGGCUGUUCCACUCCAGAGGGUCUUUAGAGGGGUACACGAUGAUGAGCUGACGUCACCUCCACCACAGCUUUUAAAUUCAGUAAGUAAAGGAAGAGAGAUUAUUGAUCUAACCUCAGAUGACAGUCCUCCAGGGUCGCAAUCCAAGAGCCACCUUGUGCCGCACAUUCAAGGAUCUCAGGCAAAUGCACAGGAAAUGUCCAAGAUGCAUAGGCCAACUGGCGGUGGAGACACUGAGGGGCGGAGGCAAGUGCAUAAAUCACAAGCGAGGCAAGAAUAUCAUGAAAGCAGUAAAAGGCACCAUCCCGUUAGGGAAGCACAGACAAGUGGAGAGGUGUCCUCAGUUUAUGACGUGCAGACCUACGGCAUUCAACCAUUUAAUAACAACAGAGUUCCACCUCAAAUACAAGAGAGCUCACCAGCAAUUAAGAAGAGCAAGGAUGAAGGCUAUCCACUUGUGAAGCAAGAGGCAUUCCUUCCAAAACGUGACAAACAGAGGCGUCAACAAGCACGAGUGGAAAGCUUGGAAGGACGAUAUACACACUCUCCCUCAUCAGACAGUGCUGAUGAACAUUUUGCUGAAUGGCUUCGAAGGCAGUCCAGUGUUCAACAUCACCGCCCCAAAUGCAGUGUCAGUCACCACAUACAGUCGCCUAAUCCAGAGCUUGGCCAGUUCAGGUAUGGUUAUGUCGCUGAGGACAUGCGUGCUUCAGACUGCUCAUGCUCUUUACCAACAAGUAGAAAAGAUGAAAUUGUCGCAGUAGCCCCUCCAACAAAGGCAAAGAAAGAACACUAUGAAGAAGAUUUACCAUUUCCUGGUAUGGCAAUGUACCCAGGAAGGUGGAGUCCCUCCAUGGUAGCAGAUCACCCUGAUCUGUAUAUUUCUUCCCAUCCUCCACAUCUGGGAGUGCCACCAGAUGCACUAGCCAGUCACAUGUGUACUCCAUCAAGAAUCUUCAUUCCCACAGCCCAGAUUUUUAGCCCUCCUUACCACAUGGGCAUGGCAGCCAUGGGUGCUCCUCCCUUGAUAGCUGGUACGGAUGAUCAACUGCACAUUCACCCACACUGUUUGAUGGCAUCAUCAUAUCCUCGCUCGUCAAGCUCAAGGACACCAGAUGGAACAGGUUACCCAUUGUACUCCUUCACAUAACUGAUCGUUUUGGUAGAUGUCUAUUUUUGUACUCUGAAUCUUAUUCGCCAUUUCCACAUCCCCCAUAAUACACGUUGUUUGCCCCCCAAAAUUCUGCAUAACCUUUGUUUCCCAUU